AAUCAGACAGGGCACUAUCUGACGUACGUGGCCCAAACAGCCCGCUAAUCUACAUUAUGUCUUGCACGGCUGAGGAUGUUUUUUGAGGUGCAUUUAGGAUGGCUUCUGGUGUUGGCCAUUGUUCCGUCUGGACUCUUGGAGGAUUGUAGAGUGUACGACAGCCUGAGCAGAGUGACGGUCGCGGGAGACGUGGUGAGCUGGGAGGGCAGCUACAACGCCUCCUGCCUGCGGAGGCUGGAGGUGUGCUGGACCUACCCGGAGCUCGGCGUGUCCGGGUGCGGCGAGGCGCCCUUGGACUCCGGCAGCCUCCGGAUCAAGGGCUCCCGCCCCUGCCGGCGCUUCACCGUCAGCGUGAGGGCCGUCGGCUUGGACCCGGGUGACGACUACACCUACCCGGGCAACGGAUACACGGGCCCGUCCACGGUGACGGGACUGAAGGUGACGCAGAAGGGCAGCGACGUGGCCGCUCUGACGUGGUCGCCCUUCGGCAAGGACUCGUGCGUCACGGGCGUGCAGCUGUGGAUCUGCGACAACCGGACCGCCAACCUGAGCACCUGCAUGUACGAGGCCGUGGCGCGGGACGCCAGCUCCUUCGAGCUGCACGGCGUGGAGCCCUGCCGCCGCCUGUUCGCCGUCAUGAGGACCGAGGACAAGUACCGCGGCCAGGUCUCCUCGCUCGCCUCGCUGCCCGUGUACCUCGACUCCUCCGCGGCGGUGACGCGGGCGAGGGCGACGAACGUGACCCACGACUCCGCGGCGGUGGAGUGGCGGCUGUCCACCCCGGGCCGGGCCUGCGGCUCGCAGCGGGUGCAGCUGUGCCUGCGGCGAGCCGAUGAGGGGGAGGAGGCCGCCUCCAGGGACUGCUGGAGCUGGAGCCUGGGGCAGCAGCCGGGGGACUCCUUGCAGCUCGCCGACCUCGCCGCCUGCACCGCCUACGAGGCCGCCGUCAGCCUGAGCUCCGCGCUGGGCGAGACCAGCAGGACCGCCGCCUUCACCACGCCCAUGCACGGAGAGGUGAUUGACGCCGCAGUUGCUGACGUCACCGACACCACAGCCGUGGUCACGUGGUCCUUGGACGCAGACGGCACAGACUGCCACCCCGACAGCAUGCAGGUGUGCUACACGCCGGCCGGGCGGGUCGGCGGCGCGCUGUGCCACUCCCUGCGCACCGCCGCCUCCAGGGUGCGGCUGCAAGGCCUGGCGAGCUGCGCCGAGCACCUGGUGCUGCUGACUCUGGCGACGAGCGUCGAGCCCAGACCCUCCCGCGAGCUCCGCAUCACCACCACCAGCCAGGGUCACCCCGUGCUGGCGGCCAUGAGCGCUACGGCGGGGAAGGACCUGGUGCGCGUGGAGUGGAUGCCGGCCGAAUCGAGCCUGCAGUGCGUGCGGCUGUACAACGUGUCCUGGUACUCCUCGGGCGACCCCAGGAGGACCUGGCAGUCCUUGCCGACUGACACCACGUCCUACACCAUCCACGCCGUGUCCAGCGGGCAGACGUACUAUGUGCAGGUUUCUGCGGUCUUCCUGGACAGCACCGCCGAGUCGCUCUCCCGACACGUGGACGUCCCUGCUCGCUCGGGUUCUUCAAAACAAGUUGGAAGAGUCUUCCUCGUGUUUUGUGCACUGUCCGUGUUUGUGGUCUGACUGUACCAAAGCUACACACGAGACAUCUCUCCACAGUUAUUCCAAGAGGAAAUGUUAGCUACCAGAGUGAUGUACACCGGGAUUGACAACACUAAUAUCACACUCGGCCCAGCAAACACAAUGAAGAAAAUAAUUCCAAAUUAUUAUCAACGGGCCUUUUGGUAACAGCUAUUUAUAGACAGGGUGUUCGGGAACAUCGGGAUAUACAUUUAUCGGGUGUCAGGGAAUGUGCCUGAAUGAGCAAAAUUUUGUUAAUGGACAUGUCCGGAAAUAACAACCCUGCAAAAUUGCAGGCGUGAACACUAGGACGCAGAUUUGAAUUUCGCGCCCAACUGGGCACCAUCCCGUUGGCUGAGAGGUCGCGCAAUCACAAGCGCCGUGAUUCAUCGUGUUCAGGCGCUCCACGGUGAGAAGGUGACGAGUUGGUCAAAUGCAAUGGCAACCUGCUGUUUGUCUUACGGCACAGUUGGUAGUAGUGUUGCUAUUCCGUGUUUGGCCUUUAGCGAUCAGCGCAGUGUUGCCAGUUGCUGGGAUCGAGCGGCCUCUCAGCCAUUGGAGUGGAGCCUACUGCGCGGGAAAUUCAAAAUUUGCGCGCUGCUGAUCGAGCAUGUGACUUUGCACCGUUUCUUUUCCGAACCCACUUUCAUUAAAAAAAAAUUGCAUGUUUUGGCAUUCCCUGUCAACCAUAAUAUUUAUGCCCCCUUGUACGCGAGCACUCUGUACAUAAAGAAGUUUAAGUGUGGGUUUGAUUUUAUGCAAAUCUACACUUUACUCCGUUAUUGAUGAAAUUUCGCACACUUGACCUUCCAAACAAGAGGAAAGUAGUAGAUUUAUACAUAUUUUGAAGGAAAAAAAUCACACUCAUCCAACUUCAACUUCCCUUAAAACAUAACUUAUGGUACUUAUUAAUGAAAUUGUUCACUUUUGUCGUUCCAAAUAGAAGGAAAAUUACUGUCUACAUCACCGAAUGCUCCAGACGGACAAGCGAAAAAACACUAUGUAUUCUCAAUCUUUGAAAUAAUAUGUUCUAAAUAUAUAUAAGGAAUGAUUGAUUGUUUACUAUAAAAAUUAGAUCUAUAGUUUUUAUUUGAGCUUGGU